AUGAUACAAUCAACUAUUUACAAAAGAUUUCUUAGCACUCAAGCAGAAACAUACAGAUCCCAACUUGAUUCAUUCUUAAGAUAUCAUAAGACUGAAAAAUCGCUUAAACCAUUAAUUUAUCGUCCCAAAAAUGCCAGUAAACUAUUAACAAUGGACAUGAAGGAUCCUAAGACCCAUGAACUAUUAAAACCAUUACCUGCCAUAUCCACAUUAAGUAAAUCCGUACUUGUAUCGUAUGUGGACUGUAUGGAAUUUGGUGAUAGAGCCGUUUUAUUGAAAUGGUUUCAUGAAUGGGUUUCUGUUACUCCAAGAAAAAAAUUACUUUGGAAAUAUCUCGAUAGUUCUUUGAUUAGUAAGUUGAUGUAUAGUUCGUUUUUCAAGAUUGGCGGGUAUACUCAAUUGAUUAAUAUGUUAUAUAAUAAUAGGGUUAAAUUUAUUACUGCUAAAAAUUCUGCUGUUUUCGAUAUUGAAGGGUAUUUCAAUACGUGGAUGAUGUGUAAUUUACAUAGGAAUCAAUUGAUGAAGUUUGAAGAUAUGGAAUUAUUGAGAAAAAAAUUGAUGAAUGCAUGGAGGAAAGUGGCACAUAUUGAAAGAAGAACUGGAUUACAUUUAUUACUUAUGGAUGCAUGGGAGAAACAAAUGGGGUAUAAUCCUAAAGAUAUUUUAAAGAAUGUACCAGAGUUUAAAUUGAAAUUACCAUCGCUUGAAAAGGUUAGUGAAGAACCCAUUACUGAAGUAUCAAUGGAGAAAUUUGUUAAAGAUAAUGAACGUAAUUAUGUUCUUUCGAGAACUAUUUUAGAUUUCAAUCCAGUAGAAAAGGACAACAUGGUGCUGAACAAGUUUAUAAAAGAAUAUCAAACGUAUAGUGCUGAGGUAAAUGGGACUACUAAGGACAUUUAUGACGAAUAUACAAAAUCUAUGGGAAAAAUAUGGGAACCUAAAGAAGAGGAAAAGGAAACUCGUAAUAAUGAUGAAAGUAAUAACGAACAACAGGAGGGUGAAACAGGAGAAGAAAAAGUGGAUAAUUCUAAUGCAUAA